AUGGAGGAUGACCCGAAUCGUCUGUAUCGACUUGAUGGAGUCGUGCAUAUCGCUAGAGCCGUCCACCUCGAGCCCCAUUGUUGCAUCAACAGCAUGAGACGGCAGCAUGGUAUGAGGUUGGAUGAUAGGAUCGUUCCUUACUUACAGAUGACUGGUCUGUACCAUCUUGCAAGAUUGAACGAGAGUUGGUUUAGGUUGGACGAGCCGUUGGUCAGCGCCUUCGUAGAGAGAUGGCGGCCUGAGACGCAUACAUUCCACAUGCCGUUUGGGGAGUGCACCAUAACCCUACAGGAUGUAGCCUACCACCUUGGUCUCCCGAUCGACGGUCAGUAUGUUAGCAGCUGCCUGACAGACUUUCCGCGGUUUAUAGAGGGCGACCGACCACCAUGGGUGUGGUUUGAGGAGCUGCUCGUGGUGUUGCCUCCUGCGAACUGCAUCGACAAGUUCACAGUGAAGUGCACAUGGUUUGAGGAGACGUUUAGUGAUCUUCCACAGGGGGCAGAUGACGAGAUGGUUAGGAGGUAUGCCCGUGCGUACAUCAUGAUGCUCCUAUCGACACAGCUAUUUGGGGACAAGUCAGGUACCCGCCUCCACAUCCGAUGGCUGCCGUAUGUGGCUAGGUUGGAGGACAUGGGUCAGUACAGUUGGGGUUCCGCUGCGUUGUCAUGGCUAUAUAGGUGCAUGUGCCAUGUGGCGAACAGAAAUGUCAUCAAGUUGGCUGGUCCACUGCAGCUCGUCCAGUCGUGGAUCUUUUGGAGGUUCCCUGGAUUCCGGCCGGACGAAUAUGAUGUUUUUCAUUGGCCGUUGGCCUCGAGGUAA